CGAAUAAUCUCAUCAAUUUGUUAAUGUUUUCCAUAGAUAUAGUAUACUUGCAAUGGCAUCUGCAGAUGCCAGCGGAUCCAACUCUUUGGAAUUACCAGAUAAUGAUUCCACAGCUGACAUUAUUAGGACUAGAAAGUGUAAAAGGCCAAAAACAUACAAAGUAAAAAGGAAAGAACCUCUUUCAUGUACAUUAUGCGGUAAACAAUUUCCAUUCAAAUAUAGGUUGGAGCGGCAUAUGAAAACACACUCUGCAGAAAAACCUGAAAAAAAAAUAGUUGACAAGAAAGGAUUUGUCUGUGCAUUUUGUGACAAACAAUUCAAGCAAAGAUCUUUACUGAAACGCCACCUGAGACAACAUACUGGAGACAGGCAACAUUCUUGUACUAUGUGUGGAAAAUCAUAUUUUAAUCUAGGUCAGUUGAAAGAUCAUAUGAUUAUUAAGCACACAGAAGAAAGACCAUAUACUUGUGAAGUUUGUGGGAAAAAAUAUGGAACUCAAAACCAGUUUAGACAGCAUAAAUUGACGCACGAGGAAAAAACUUUUUCAUGCACGCACUGUGAAAAGAAAUUUUGCAGAAAAAGUCUUCUAGAUGGGCAUAUGGCUCUGCAUGUCAAUGGCAAACCUUACCCUUGCCCAAUAUGUGAAAAACGAUUCAGCCGUAAAAGCUACUUGAAAACCCACAUCAAUAGUUUACAUUAUGGUGAAAAACCGUUUCGAUGUGAGGGAUGUGGCAGGUGUUUUUCACAACUAUCCAAUAUGAGAGUGCAUGCUGAAAUACACAUCAUAGAGAAUGCAUACAUGGUAAAUCCAUCAAAGUUAGCCACAUAAUUUUACUGAUUUCAUUUGUUUUCCACCUUCAUUGCCGAUUGUUAUUUCGGUUGGUGGUAGCUUGUUCUGUUGAAUAUGGUAUGCUCAUUACACUUUUAUUUAUAUACCAUACAGUUUAGGAUGUAUCCAUGUCAGGACUGCUCUAUUCUUAAAAGCUAAGUAUUAGGUUAGACUUAAUACUCAAUAUAAAAUAACGGCGAAACAAUGCUGAAGUUCACAUGGCUGAUUUAUGUGUUAGGCAGCAGUAAGUAAAUUUUCAAUACCAUUUGGUUUUGUCCCCAUACAUCGGCCGAAAAUGUCUAUAUUUGCCCAAUCUCGAUAUACAGACUUAAGAAUGGCUGACCCUUUUUUGAGUUUAUAUAUCAAAUGCACAUUUUUGUCUCCUAAAUUACAACACCAGUCUGGUAGAUUUAAGAAUUUUCCAAGAGCUGUUUGAAAUUGAUUUAACUGAAGUCACAAAUUGGAGAUACUAGCUGGAUAACAUUUACUUGACGAAAUAUUAUAAGACUUGAAUCCAGUUAAAGGGGAAUUUUUAGCAUGGACCUAUUCUCUUGACCAGCGUGUGUUAAUAUAAAUUAUUCUUUUUGUAGUCUAUUACAACCUGUCUGUCCUAAUCUGGUAUCAAAUUAGUUUAUUCAUCUUUUCUGUUUGUGAUAUUGCGCAUCUCUGAACAAUUAUAUUUAGAAUUGUAAUACUAUUUUUGUUGGUUUAUUAAACUGGUAUGCCGAAAGCAAAUGUCUUCUUAAUGUUUCUUCUUAGUAGCCAAAAUUUACCUAGUAAUUCAAUAUGUGCGAAUCAAACUUCAAUGUUAUUUCUUCACUAAAAAUAACCAAGACUAGUCUAUAUAUUAAAGAGAUAAGAAUGUUUUUGUUAGCACUCGAGACCAGGUUAGGCCAUAAUUUUAUUCCAAUUUUUCUUAUUGGCUAGUGACUCUCGUAGUAUUUGUACUUCAAUUAUUGCCUAACCCUAACCUGCUACACAUCUUUCUAGUAUUCACAGAGAAAACUUUACGUGAUAUAAUUUUAAGUUUGUUUAAUUUUAGUACAUUAUGGAAUCAUUCUUGUCAACCGCGAAAAAAACUUUACCAAAGCAUCUAGGCUACUUAUAUUAUUGCAAGUUGUUUUUAAUUUUACGCCAUUACUUUUCGUUUUAGGCUACUUAUAUUAUUGCAAGUUGUUUUUAAUUUUACGCCAUUACUAUUCGUUUUAUUCAAUUCUAG